AUGGCGAUAGUACUCAGACAAAUAUUGUCUUUAUUUCACCUUUUGUGCGUAUUGGACCUUGUUUGCGGAGAAAUUCGGUACUCGAUUCCUGAGGAAUUGGAGCACGGUUCCUUUAUUGGCAACAUCGCUGAGGAUUUAGGCCUAAGCAUUCGAGAACUCAUCACUCGAAAGUUCAAGCUGGUCGCCGAUGAUGCGUUUCAUUUAUUGAAGGUAACCAUUAAUAAUGGCAUUUUAGUUGUGAACGAGCGAAUCGACAGGGAUGAUAUCUGCAAGCAACUGCCGCAUUGUUUUGUUUCUUAUGAUGCAGUUUUAGAAAAUCCUUUAGAGUUGCAUGGAAUUCAAGUGGAAAUAUUGGAUAUAAACGAUAAUGCGCCCAGAUUUACGGAGAAGGAAUACUAUUCAGAAGUCUCUGAAUUUACUGCAACGGGUGCGCUCUUUGCUCUGGAGAGAGCGCAGGACACGGAUGUGGGAACAAAUACAGUAAUGUCAUAUCAAAUCAGCUCAAAUGAACACUUCCGUUUGAAAGAACAAGAAGCCGCCGAUGGAAGUAAAACUGCAGAGCUGAUACUAGAAAAAUCGCUGGACCGCGAACAGCAGUCUGAAUUCCAACUAAUACUGACGGCCAUUGACGGUGGGAUUCCUCCAAGAUCUGGCACAGCGAAAAUUAUUAUUUCUGUACAAGAUGUCAAUGAUAACGCCCCCAUCUUUAGUCAUCAAAUAUAUAGGGCUAAUGUUGUAGAGAAUGCACCAGUGGGUACUAUAGUGACCACGUUAAACGCUGCUGAUUUAGAUGAAGGAAAAAAUGGUGAGGUUAAAUACUCUUUCAGUCCACACGUUCCGCAGAGUGUUCAAGCGUUGUUCAAUUUAGACUCAGAAACGGGACAGAUUUAUGUGAGUGGAUCUCUAGACUAUGAAACAGAAAACGUGUAUUAUAUUGAGGUACAAGCUGUGGACAAAGGUUUACCAGCAUUAAGUGGGCGCGCCACAAUCAUCGUUGAAUUAAUUGACGUUAAUGAUAACGCUCCUGAAAUAAAGGUAACAUCUGUAGCUAACAAUGUGCGUGAAGAUGACGACAUCGGGACUGUAGUCGCUAUAAUAAAUGUCAUAGAUCGUGAUGCUCGUGAGAAUGGGGAAGUUCGUUGUCGACUUCCAUUGAAUAUCCCCUUUAAACUUCAGAAGUCUUUGAACAACCAGUUCAAGUUAGUAAUUAACGAUGCAUUAGAUCGGGAAAGCACUUCGUCGUAUAAUAUCUCUAUUACAGCUUGGGAUGCAGGGUCGCCCUCUCUUUCAGCAAACAAGACGUUGUUCAUUUCAGUCUCAGAUGUUAAUGAUAACAUACCAAGGUUUACUCAGUCAUCGUAUCAGGUAUUUCUCAUGGAAAACAACACACCAGGUGGAUCUAUACUUACUGUUACAGCUUUUGACACCGAUUUUGACAAGAAUGGCGAAGUAUUGUAUUCCCUCGUGGAGAGGCCCUUUGGCGAUGUUUCUUUGUCUGGCGCGGUAUCCAUUAACGCAGAAAGUGGGAGCAUUUACGCACUGCGCUCCAUGGACUAUGAAAUACUGAAGAAUUUCCAGUUCAAUGUUCAAGCAUCUGAUUGUGGAUCACCUGCAAUGAGCAGCACCGCCACAGUAACUGUGGUGAUUUUAGAUCAAAAUGACAAUGCUCCAGUGAUAGUAUCGCCAUCUAAAUGGAACAAUUCCGCAGCGACUCAGAUUGUACACCAGUCAGCAUAUCCAGGACUGGUUGUUUCCCGGAUAAUUGCAACUGAUGCAGAUUCAGGACAGAACGCCCGCCUUUCGUACCAACUUUUGGAAGCUACGGAUCGUACUUUGUUUACUGUGGGAUUUCUUUCUGGAAAAAUUAGACUGUCCCGAAAGUUUAAGAAUGAAUAUAGUCAUAAGCAUAGGCUUUUAAUCUUGGUAAAAGACAAUGGACAACCGAGUCUCUCCAGUACCGCUACAGCUCUGUUUUCACUGCUGCACAAUGCUACCGAAAGCUUCUCUGAACUAACAAAUAAGCCAAAUGAUAACGUUGAUUUUUCAGACUUAAAUUUGAUUUUGAUUGUUACGUUGGGAUCAACAUCUUGUUUAUUUCUAGUAGUGAUCGUUUUGCUGGUCAUUCUAAAAUGCAGCCAAGAUAGAAAUAUUUAUGGUUAUAGUGCUAGAAUGUGCUGUUGCAGUUGUGAGCAUCCAUCUGGCGACUUUAAUCGCAGAGCUGUGCCUAAAGAACUUCUGAAUUAUGUAGGUGUUGGACAGACUUUGCCAAUUCGGGAAUCGCAUAAUUACACUGUUGCACUCUCACCUGAUUCAUCUAGGAGCGAUUUCUUGUUUUCAAAACCGCAUCAUCCCACGUUGCCUCUGGAUAAGUUGAGCGCUUGUGCUGUUGGCAAAGUUGAAAUCGUCGCGCGAAGGUUUGAUGAAAUGGUGGGUUCAGACCUUGUUAUAGUUCGGACCAGCGCUGACAUAACGGCCGUGGGACUGCCAGCGUCUAUCGGUGCACUAGGUGAGGUGGAAAAGGGAGCCCAAUGCCAGCUGAAAUGGUUUAGAUGGCGUACUGUAUCAGGAUUAGAACACCGGGUUGAGGCCUGUGGCGUUUGUCAGCCGGUGUUUGUCGCCCUCCGAGAGAAACUAUCCACGCACAAGUUGGAAUUCCUGGUGUUGAAAUGGGCGGUGGUGGAGAAGCUGAGUGACCAUCUCUCCGUUGCCAAGUUUGAGACCAAGGACGUGACCAAGCUGUCUGGGACUCUUGCAGCGAAGCGUAAGGAAAAGACACCUAAACGCAGAAACUUGGAGGCUAUUCUGGAAGGCGCAAGGACCAUCCGUAACACCGCGUUGCCAUUGCCUGAUGAUAUGGAUGAGGAUCUGGAUUCUGUUUCGGCGUCUGAUUCAAAGAAAGAGUCUCAUACGUCCCCUGGUCGCGAUGGAAUGGACCCUAGUGGACUGAAAGAAACGGCAGAAGUUAUAAGGGAGGCUUUGGUGAUAAUUUACCAAAAUUCUCUGGAAUCUAGGCAGGUCCCAGCGGAUUGGAAGAUGCAGGCUAUCAAGAAGGCAAAUGGAAUGCCGGCCAUUGCUAGAGAGAUUGCAUUUUUAGAGCGGGGAGAUUAUGCUGCAUCUGUACAAGCUGAGGCCGUACCUAGAGAACUGCGUGCAGUUCCGGUCUCUUUCCCUGAGGAAGGAUAUCUUGGCUUUGGAAGCGAUACAGAGGAGGUUCACCAGCAGAUUUCUCCUUGUCGAACGCAGAAUUCAGAGGAAUAUCCCAAUACAUAUUGGCACUAUGAAAUGAACUCAAGUGUUCGCUUUAGUAUGAACACUUUCGAAGAACGUAGUAGGGAAGUGCAAAUCGAUUGCUGCAAAUUCAAGACUAUAUCAUUAAUCCAAUCGAGGAAAAUCAUGCCGACAGAGCUCAGCCACGCAUUGUCUUUCUCGCACCUUGUGUGUGCCUUGCAUCUUGUUUGUGGACAAAUUCGGUACUCGGUUCCCGAAGAACAAGAGCUCGGAGCGUUCGUAGGGAACAUUGCUGAGGAUUUAAGCCUAAGCAUUACAGAAAUAACUGACCGAAAACUCAGACUGCUCUCCGAUGAAAAGCUUCAGCUAUUGAAGGUAAACAUGCACAAUGGGAUUUUAGUAGUAAAGGAGCGGAUCGACAGGGAUGCCCUCUGCAAGCAAACAUCGACUUGCUUUAUUUCAUAUGAUGCAGCUUUAGAAAAUCCUUUGGAACUGCAUCGCGUUGACGUGGAGAUAGUAGAUAUAAAUGAUAAUGCACCAAGAUUUAGGGAAAAUAAGUACAAUAUACAUAUCUCUGAAUUCACCGCAACAGGGGCACUCUUUCCUCUCGCUAGAGCGCAGGAUGCCGACAUGGGAGCGAAUGCAGUUAUUUCAUACAAAAUCAACUCAAUUGAGCCCUUCGGACUGAAUGAAAAGGAAUUAGAUAAUGGAAGUAAAAUUACAGAACUGAUAUUGCAAAAACCUCUCGACCGCGAACAGCAAUCAGAAUUCCAUUUAAUACUGACGGCCAUUGACGGUGGGAUUCCUCCGAGAACUGGCACAGCAGACAUCAUUAUAUCUAUCGUGGAUGCCAAUGAUAAUGCUCCCGUAUUCGAACGCCAUACAUAUCGGGUUAGUAUCACAGAGAACGCACCCACAGGUACCAUCGUGACCAAAAUAAAGGCUGUUGAUUUAGAUGAAGGAGCAAACGGCGAUGUAAAUUAUUCAUUCGGUACACAUGUUUCUCAAAGUGUUCGAGAGUUGUUUACUUUGGACCCAGAGUCGGGGCAGAUUUAUGUGAGUGGACCACUGGAUUAUGAAUCUGAAAAUGUUUAUGAAAUUGAAGUACAGGCUGUGGACAAGGGUGUACCGGCAUUAAGUGGAAGCGCCAAAAUUAUCGUUCAUUUAACUGAUGUUAAUGAUAACGCUCCGGAAAUAAGGGUGACAUCAGUAUCCAGCAAUGUGCGGGAAGAUGAUGCCCUCGGGACUGUCGUCGCUAUAAUCAGUGUUACAGAUCGCGAUUCUGGCGAGAAUGGACAAAUACGUUGUCAGAUUCCCACUAAUGUCCCCUUUAAACUACAAAAGUCUUUAAAUAACCAGUUCAAGUUGAUCGUUAACAAUGCUAUGGACCGCGAAAGCAUUCCGCUGUAUAAUAUCCCUUUUACUGCCUGGGAUGCAGGGCGACCCUCUCUUUCUGCAAACAAAACCUUAUUCAUUUCAGUCUCAGAUAUUAAUGAUAACGUGCCGAAGUUUGCACAAUCUUCGUACCAGGUGUUUGUCAUGGAAAACAACCCACCGGGUGGAUCUAUAUUUACUGUUACAGCUUUGGACCCAGAUUUUGACAAGAAUGGCAAGGUAUCAUAUUCUCUGGUGGGGAGUCCCAUUGGUGAUGCCUUUCUAUCAGACGCUAUAUCCGUUAACUCAGAAAGUGGUUGCAUUUACGCUCUGCGCUCUUUUGACUACGAAAAGCUGAAGAAUUUCCAAUUCAAAGUUCAAGCGUCGGACUCUGGAUCUCCUGCAAUGACCAGCACCGCAACAGUGAAUGUAGUGAUUUUAGACCAAAAUGACAAUGCUCCAGUGAUAGUUUCACCUUCCAAAAUGAACAACUCAGUGUUGACUCGGAUUGUGCCAUACUCCCCAUAUCCAGGAUUGAUUGUUUCAAAGAUAACAGCAACUGAUGCAGAUUCCGGGCAGAACGCACGUCUUUACUACCAACUUUUAGAAGUUACAGAUCGUACGUUGUUCACUGUAGGACUUCUCUCUGGAGAAAUCAGAACGUCCCGAAGGUUUCAGAAUGAAGACCGUCAUAAGCAUAGACUAGUAAUCUUGGUGAAAGACAAUGGACAACCGAUUCUUUCCAGUACAGUUACAGUUGUGUUUUCAUUCUUGAGCAACGCUACUGAAAACCUUUUGGAACUAACAAAUAAGCCAAAAGAUCAGCAGCUUUUUUCCGACUUAAAUUUGAUUUUGAUAAUAGUGUUAGGGUCAACUUCCUCCAUAUUUCUUCUCAUAAUAAUUUUGCUGGUAAUUAUGAAGUGUAAUCAGCAUAAAAAUAUUUACGGUUACAGUUGUAGAAUCUGCUGUCACAGUUGUGUGAAUUCUAAUGAUGAAUAUAAUCGCAGAGCCGUGCCGAAAGCAGUUCUGAAUUACGCCGGUGCUGGACAGACGUUGCCCAUUCGGGAAUCGUAUAACUACCGCGUUACACUGCCACCUGAUACAUCGAAUAGCGAUUUCUUGUUCUUAAAACCGCAUCAUCCUACGUUGCCUCUUGAUGAAUUUCAACGUUCUGGGCGCCUGUAUUCCCUGUCCGUGCGUGAAACAGAUGCCUUGAGUAAGUACAAUCAAGAGUAUCUGGCUGCAGGCAUCAUCUGUCCGUCUUCCUCCCCCGCUGUUACCGGUUUUAUCGUUGUUGAAAAGAAAUACGGCUCCUUACAUGCAUGCAUUGAUUACCGGGGACUGAAUGAAGUCACUGUUAAGAACCGUUACCCUCUUCCGUUCAUGAUCUCGGUAUUUGACCUACUGGAAAACAUGGCGACAGAACUCAGCCACGGAUUGUCUUUCAUUCACCUUGUGUGCGCUUUGCAUCUCGUUUGUGGUGAAAUUCGGUACUCGAUUCCCGAAGAACAAGAGCUCGGAGCAUUCGUUGGGAACAUUGCUGAGGAUUUAAGCCUAAGCAUUACAGAAAUAACUGACCGAAAACUCAGACUUCUCUCCGAUGAAAAGCUUCAGCUACUGAAGGUAAACAUGCACAAUGGUAUUUUAGUUGUUAAAGAGCGAAUAGACAGGGAUGCCCUCUGCAAGCAAAUGUCUACCUGCUCUAUUUCAUAUGAUGCAGCUUUAGAAAAUCCUUUAGAACUGCAUCGCGUUGACGUGGAGAUAGUAGAUAUAAAUGAUAAUGCGCCAAGGUUUAGGGAAAACAAGUACAAUAUACGUAUCUCUGAAUUGACCGCAAUAGGCGCACUCUUUCCACUCGAUAGAGCGCAGGAUGCCGACGUGGGAGUGAAUGCAGUUAUUUCAUACAAAAUCAACUCAAAUAAGCACUUCGGACUGAAUGAAAAGGAAGUAGACGAUGGAAGUAAAAUUACAGAACUAAUAUUGCAAAAACCUCUCGACCGGGAACAGAAGUCAGAAUUCCAUGUAAUACUGACGGCCAUUGACUGUGGGAUUCCUCCGAGAUCUGGCACAGCAGAAAUCAUUAUAUCUAUCGUGGAUGCCAAUGAUAAUGCUCCUGUAUUCGAACGCCAUACAUAUCGUGUUAGUAUUACGGAGAACGCACCAACUGGUACCAUGGUGACCAAAAUAAAGGCUGCUGAUUUAGAUGAAGGAGCAAAUGGUGAAAUAAAUUAUUCUUUCAGUGCACACGUUUCUCAAAGUGUUCGAGAGUUAUUUACUUUGGACACAGAAACUGGGCAGAUUUAUGUGAAUGGAACACUGGACUACGAAGCAGAAAACGUUUAUGAAAUUGAAGUACAGGCUGUGGACAAGGGUGUACCGGCAUUAAGUGGCCGCGCUAAAAUUAUCGUUCAUUUAACUGAUGUUAAUGAUAACGCUCCGGAAAUACGGGUGACAUCAAUAUCCAGCAAUGUGCGGGAAGAUGAUGCCCUCGGGACUGUCGUCGCUAUAAUCAGUGUUACAGAUCGCGAUUCUGGCGAGAAUGGGCAAAUACGUUGUCAGAUUCCCACUAAUGUCCCCUUUAAACUACAGAAGUCUCUGAAUAACCAGUUCAAGUUGAUCGUUAACAAUGCUAUGGACCGCGAAAGCAUUCCGCUGUAUAACAUCCCUAUUACAGCCUGGGAUGCAGGGCUACCCUCGCUUUCUGCAAACAAAACCUUAUUCAUUUCAGUCUCAGAUAUUAACGAUAACGUACCGAAGUUUACACAAUCUUCGUACCAGGUGUUUGUCAUGGAAAACAACCCACCGGGUGGAUCUAUAUUUACUGUUACAGCUUUGGACCCAGAUUUUGACAAAAAUGGCAAGGUAUCAUAUACUCUUGUGGGGAGUACCAUUGGUGAUGCUUUUCUAUCAGACGCAGUAUCCGUUAACUCAGAAAGUGGUUGCAUUUACGCUCUGCGCUCUUUUGACUACGAAAAGCUGAAGAAUUUCCAAUUCAAAGUUCAAGCGUCUGAUUCUGGAUCUCCUGCAAUGACCAGCACCGCCACAGUGAAGGUAGUGAUUUUAGACCAAAAUGACAAUGCUCCAGUGAUAGUUUCUCCUUCCAAACCGAACAAUUCAGCGGCGACUCAGAUUGUGCCCCACUCCCCAUAUCCAGGAAUGAUUGUUUCAAAGAUAACAGCAACUGAUGCAGAUUCCGGGCAGAACUCACGUCUUUGCUACCAACUUUUGGAAGCAACAGAUCGCACGUUGUUCACUGUAGGACUUCUCUCUGGGGAAAUCAGGACGUCCCGAAGGUUUCAGAAUGAUGAUCGUCGUAAGCAUAGACUAGUAAUCUUGGUGAAAGACAAUGGACAACCGAGUCUUUCCAGUACAGUUACAGUUGUGUUUUCAUUCUUGAGCAACGCUACUGAAAACUUCUCGGAACUAACAAAUAAGCCAAAAGAUCAGCUGCUUUUCUCCGACUUAAAUUUGAUAUUGAUAAUUGGGUUAGGGUCAACUUCCUGCACAUUUCUUCUCAUAAUAGUUUUGCUGGUAUUUAUCAAAUGUAAUCAGGAUAAAAAUAUUUACGAUUACAGUUGUAGAAUCUGCUGUCACAGCUGUGUAAAUUCUAAUGAUGACUCUAAUCGCAGAGCAGUGUCGAAAGCAGUUCUGAAUUAUGCCGGUGCUGGACAGACGUUGCCCAUUGGGGAAUCGUAUAACUACACCGUUACACUGUCACCUGAUUCAUCGAAUAGCGAUUUCUUGUUCUUAAAACCACAUCAGCCUACAUUGCCUCUUGAGGAAUUUCAACAUUUUCGGUUUCCUCCGAAAUCUGAAAGACGUGAAGAUAACAGAGCUCUUAGGUUUAUGUGCCGAGAAGUGAUCACACAGGCAAAUCUUACCAACCGCGUAUCAAUUAACUCCAUUGACAAUGGGACGGUACCUCUUGUGGAAUCCAUGUUUGUGGCUUUCGGACAAAUUAAUUACUCUAUUUCGGAAGAAUUAGAGAUUGGUGCCGUGGUCGGAAAUAUUGCUAAUGAUCUGGUGAUGGACGUUCGUGAAUUAUUACACCGAAAACCACAGCUGAUUCUUCGCGGGGGGGGGGGACAAUAUUUCGAGGUAAAUAGACAAAGCGGACUUUUAUUUGUCAAUGAACGAAUCGACAAGUAACAGCUCUGCAAGGAAGUUUCAACUUGUUCUAUUCGAAUUGAAAUCGCGAUGGUAAAUCCGGACGAACUAUUUCCCGUUGAGGUGACGAUAUUAGAUAAAAACGACCAUUCGCCGAUUUUCCCAACGGACGUAAUUGCUCUGCAGCUCUCUGAGUUACUCACACCAGGAGCGCGCUUUCCUCUUGAGAGCGCGCAUUACCCGGACGUUGGUUUAAACUCAGUCGCUAAUUACCACCUUAGCCUUAAUGAUUUUUUCAGCCUUAAGAUUCAGACAAGGAAAGGCGGGAGGAAGAUCGCUGAAAAGGUUCUGCAGAAACAUUUAGACCGCGAAACAAAUCCAUAUUUUCAAUUGGUUUUAACGGCUGUAGAUGGUGGGAACCCACAUAGGUCAGGUACAACUCAGAUUGAUAUUGCUGUUACAGACAUAAAUGAUAACGCACCUGCCUUCGCUCAAGACAUAUAUAAGACCAGGGUGUUAGAAAACUCACCCGUGGGCACCUUGCUAAUAAAACUGCAUGCAAGCGAUUUGGAUGAAGGCCUGAACGCUGAGUUUAAAUAUUCUUUUACUAACUAUGCAUCCCCAAACGUACGUGAGUUGUUCAUUUUGGACGGAGAAACGGGAGAGAUCAAAGUUAACGGCUUACUAGAUUUUGAAACAACAUUUGAUUACGAGCUUGAUGUACAAGCUGUGGACAACCUGCCAAAUGUGGGACAUGCUAAGGUUUUGGUUACUGUUGUUAAUGCGAAUGAUAAUGCUCCCGAAAUAAAACUGACUUCAGUAAAGAAUCUGAUUUCAGAGAAUGCGACAGUGGGUAGUGUAAUUGCUGUAUUUGAAGUAACAGAUAGAGACUCUGGGGAAAACGGGCUCGUUCACUGUCAGAUUUCAGAAAAUAGUCCAUUUACGAUUGAUACGAUUUUGCCGAAUCACUAUAAAAUUAUGACCGGAAAGAAACUUGAUCGUGAAGCAAUUUCACAUUAUAACAUAUCAAUUACAGCAUGGGAUGCUGGAUCGCCCUCUCUUACUAUAAUUGAAACCAUCAGCGUUUCAGUUUCCGAUAUAAAUGACAAUGCUCCACAUUUUGUGCAGUCCUCAUACGAUGUCUAUCUGAUGGAGAACAAUGUUCCAGGCCGAUCUAUUUUCUCAGUUACCGCGUUGGAGCCUGAUUUGGAAAACAAUGGUGAUGUCUUCUACUCUAUACUGGAAAACAAGCCACAACCAUUGUCUGAGCCUUCUUCCUUUGCGGUAAGUUCGAAAAGCGGGAGCAUAUUCGCUCUGCGUUCCUUUGACUAUGAACAAGUAAAGAAUUUUCAAAUCACAAUUUUAGCCCGUGAUGCUGGAUCCCCGCCACUGAGCAACACUGCUAUUGUUAAGAUUAUAAUCUUGGAUCAAAACGACAAUCCUCCAAUAAUAAUUUCUCCACCCGCGUGGAAAAGUUCUAGCAGCAUUUCAAUAGUCCCACAUUCAAUAUUCCCAAAUUCCUUGGUGACGAAGGUAAUCGCAAAUGACAAGGAUUCUGGACAAAAUGCGCGGCUCUCCUUUGAGAUAAUUGAAGCUACCGAUCUUAGUCUUUUCAUCAUGGGCCGUCACACUGGAGAAAUCAGAACAAUCCAAUCUUUUGUCACUGACGACAGCGCUAUACAAAACUUGGUAGUCCUGGUGAAAGACAGUGGUCAACCAAGUCUCUCAAGCUCAGUUACAAUAUGCUUAUCGAUCACAGCGAACAGCAGUGGAAGCCCUUCAGAGCCUGCAAAAAAUCAGAAAAAUGUAACAUAUUUUUCAGAUCUUAAUAUAUAUUUAAUAUUUUUAUUUGGAUCAACAAGCCUCAUUUUUCUUCUUAUAAAUAUUUUAUUGGUUGUCUUCAAAUGUAAACAAGAUCGAAGUAAUUCUAUUUAUCAGAAUUCUGCAGCGUGUUGUUGCUGUACGCAGAGGGAUUCCAACGUUGUCUUUAGUAGAAGAUCUGUUGGAAAUGAAUCACAAAAUUAUUAUAAAGCUGGCCGUAUGCUGGCUAAUUUUGAUCCUUGUCAUUAUACGGUUCGUUUAUCACCGGCCUCAUCCAAGAGUGAUUUUCUAUUUCUGUCGACAUGUCAGCCUACACUACCAUUGAAUGACAUCAGUGCUGAUGAUCUAGUUAGUGAAAUACGUUUGGAAAUUGCUGAACUCGCGAUUGCCGUGACGCGGCUUACAUUACCUGAUGCACACGACCCUGACGUCGGUAAAAAAAAUUCCAUUCGCACCUACCAGCUGACUCCAAACGACGAUUUUGUGUUAGAUGUACAGAUCCGCCAGGAAGCGAAAAUCCCAGAACUGACGUUAGCGAAAGCAAUCGAUCGGGAGAAACAAUCACUGUAUCGGUUGUUAUUGGCAGCCCUGAACGGUGGCUAUCCACAAAGGACGGGCACCACCAAUCAGGAUUUGUAUGUUGACUGUUUAAUGGAUAAAGUGCCAACGGGCACUCUGGUGAUCAAACGUAAUGCAACAGAGUUGGACAAGGGAUCCAAUAGUGAGAUUAUUCAUUCUCUCAGCGGCUAUAAUAAAAUAAGGGUAUUAGAAAUAUUUACCAUUGAUCCUCUGUCAGGCGAACAAAUAUUAAAGGGAAUUUCGGGCUUUGAAAAAAUAAAUAAUUACGAAAUUGAUGUGGAAACUAAGGAUAUGGAUAUUACCGACAACGCACCAAGCUUCCUAAUAUCUUCAUACACCAUUCCUGUCAAGGAAAACAAUGCGCCCGGCAGUUCAAUCGGUAAAGUGGCUGCCACCGAUUCUGAUAUCAACCUGAACUCCCAGCUCUCUUACACUAUUCUGCAGAAAGGCGUUCAAAGGACACAUUCAGCGGCAUCAUCCAUUUUUCUCCUUUGUGUGUGGAAUAUGGUUUCCGGGCAAAUUCGUUACUCCAUUCCUGAAGAAACGGAACGCGGUGCUUUCGUCGGAAAAAUCGGAGAAGAUCUGGGAUUGAGCACAGAGGAGAUAUCAAGACGUAAGUUUAGGAUUGUAUCAGAUGACACAAAACUGUAUUUUGAUAUAAAUCGCAUGAAUGGGAUUUUAUUUGUGAAUGCAAGAAUUGACAGGGAAGAGCUAUGUGGACAGAGUGAUAGUUGUGUGUUGCUCAUGGAAGCUUUGGCAGAACAUCCCAAUGAGCAGUACCGUGUGGAGGUCUAUAUUUUAGAUAUCAAUGAUAAUUCUCCAAUUUUUCCGAACAAAGAAAUCCGCUUAGAAAUUAAAGAAUCCGCCGCACGUGGAGUUCGUUUUGUGUUGGAGCGUGCGCAAGAUGCAGAUGGAGUAAAUAACUCGGUCCGUACGUAUCAACUGACACCGAAUGAGCAUUUCGUUUUAGAGGUUAAAAAUCGUGGAAAAUGGAAAGUACCAGAAUUAGUAGUGAAUAGCAUACUCGACAGAGAAACCCAAUCGAGGCACCAUUUGUUACUCACGGCUCUGGACGGCGGAUUCCCCGAAAGAUCAGGUACCGCUCAGAUAACUAUAUUUAUCCUGGACACCAAUGACAAUCCUCCUAUUUUCGACAAGUCCUUGUACAUUGUUAGCAUAAAGGAAAACGUGCCAUCGGGUACUUUACUGAUUAAGCUAAACGCAACUGAUUUGGACGUGGAUAAGAAUGCAGAGAUCAGUUAUUCAUUCAGCAGUUACAAUGAGCCAAGCAUAACUGAAAAAUUUGCGAUUAAUUCCAAAACCGGAGCGAUACAUACAAAGGAAAGUUUAGAUUUCGAGGAAGCGAAUGUGUAUGAUAUUGAUGUUGAGGCUAAAGAUGGGUAUAUACCGCCACUAAUGUCACACUGCAACGUGCGAGUGGAAAUCAGAGAUGUCAACGACAAUGCUCCCGACUUAACUAUAAAUUCGGUUUCCAGUAUAGUCAGUGAAAAUGUUCCGAGUGGAACUUUAAUCGCGUUGAUCAGCGUGACAGACAAGGAUUCCAACGAAAAUGGAUAUACUGACUGCUCUAUAUUACCCAACCUUCCGUUUGACCUCAAAUCCUCCUUCACUAAUUCUUAUAGACUCAUUACUAAUACUGCACUAGACCGUGAAAAUGCACCUCAGCACAAAGUAAUAGUGACUUGCAAAGACCGGGGGUUCCCACCAUUAUUUACCAACCGAACAAUUGUGGUAAAUAUAUCAGAUAUAAAUGAUAAUGCACCACGCUUUACGCAGCCUACCUACACGGCCUAUGUGACGGAAAACAAUAUACCUGGCAGUUAUAUUGGAUCAGUAACAGCUGUGGAUCUAGAUAUUGGCCGAAAUGCUCAAUUGUCUUACUCCAUUGUAGAGAAUGACCUUCAAUCAGUGCCGGCAUCUUCAUAUCUCUAUAUCAACUCAAACAAUGGCAGUAUUUACUCGGAAAGGUCAUUUGAUUAUGAGCAAAGCAAAAGUGUUCGAUUUCAAGUUCGAGUGCAGGAUGCUGGAUUGCCAUCUCUUUCCAGCACCGCUGUUGUUCAAGUGAUUGUCUUGGAUCAGAACGAUAAUCCGCCGACCAUAAUGUCCUGGAAAACGACGAGCAAUGGAACAUUAAAUAUGCCUCGAUCAGCAGACCCAGGUUAUCUGGUAACAAGGAUCAUUGCUUCCGAUGCAGAUUCUGGUAAGAAUGCUCAACUUUCCUUUCAACUGAAACAAACCAGUAUUCCAGGUCUUUUUGUAAUUUCGCAAAGUUCAGGAGAAAUAAAGAGUGCUCGGAGAUUCAAAGACAGCGACGCCACCAAGCAAGAACUAAUUAUCCAAGUGAAAGACAAAGGUUACCCCGCUCUUUCUGCCUCGACUACCUUAACUUUGACCGCAAUUGAACAAGAGAUAACCUAUCAGCCCGAUUUCAAGGAACCACGUCAAGAUUUAAAAGAAACUCAGAAAUUAAGUUUUUAUUUAAUAAUAUCUUUGGGUACAACAUCUUUUAUUCUGCUUCUGGUUAUCAUCGUGUUGGUUAUCGUAAUUUGCCCACUGGGCAGUAGGGCUGCUUCCGGAGUUCUUUGCUGCUUCGCUGAUUUUUGCUGCACCAAAGAAUUGGAAUGUCAACAUUCUACUGUCCAUCUUCACGGUACACCAGAUUCCCACAUAUUUCCCAGUAUGCUCGAUGUUCACGGAAAAGGAUCCUUUACAGAAACCUACCGUUAUAAAAUUCGAUCAGCACCGGAAUCAUCCGACUUGUACUUCGCACCACACAGUUCAGAAAUGGCAAGAAUUGCUGGAAAGGAAACUGCUUACAUGUCGCAGGAAUAUCCAUUGGCGAGGAGGGUCUGUUCAGAUCAGAUCGGCAGCAUAUUUGUAACAUUUCUUCACUCAAGCUGCAUUAUAACAUAUGCUGGAGAGUGA